AUGAAGAGCUUUAUAGUACUAUCCAUGGCUAUUGCCAUUGCGUUGGGAGCGGCUAUCGAACGGCCGCAGAAGGAAGUGGACAGCAAACAGGACGAUGCCGUUGUAGCAGAAUCUAAAGUACACGAAAAGCGUGGAUUUAGUGAUCACCGAUAUUCUUUUGGACAUCAUAUGGAAAUGUACAGCGGAUACAAACCAUCUUAUGAAUACAGUGCCGAAAGUGUAGAGGAUCUGAAGCAUCUCUACCAGAAUCAUAAGGCCCACGACUGGUCUAACGAAAGGCCUUCCUAUCUCACGAAGAAGGUUCCAGUUCCAUACAAAGUGGAAGUUGAGAAACAUACUAUCAUUGAGAAGAAAGUGCCAGUUCAUGUAGAUCGUCCAGUUCCAUAUCCAGUUGAAGUUGAACGUAAGGUGCCAGUUUAUGUCGAAAAACGUGUCCCUGUACAUGUUGAUCGUCCAGUUCCUUAUGAAGUGAAAGUCCCAUAUCCAGUCGAAGUCGAGAAAAAAUACCCAGUGUACGUUGAGAAAAAGGUCCAUAUUGAUCGUCCAGUCCCAUACCGCGUCGAAGUGGAAAAGAAAGUUCCAGUCGUCGUAGAGAAGAAGGUCCCAGUGCACGUCGACCGUUUUGUAGCCGUUCCAGUGGAAGUGAAGGUCCCAGUACUCCACAAGGUCCAAGUUGAAAUCCCAAAGCCUUAUACUGUUCAAAUCCCGAAGCCCUAUCCGGUGUACGUCGAAAAGGAAAUCAUCAAACAUGUCGAGAGGCCGGUGCACGUAGAAGUGGAGAAGAAGGUUCCAGUUCCAGUUGUUCACAGAGUCGAAGUUCCGAAACCGUAUGCCAUCUACGUUCAACGACCGGUUCUGGUUGAAAAGCAACAGAAUGACGAGCAUCGUCACCACAGUGAACACGACCACAAGGAUGAACACGUGGCACUGAAACUGACCGGAUUCGUAUCGGAACCGCUUCACCAUGAUAAUCAUGAUGAAGAAUACCACCAUCAAAACCAAGAACAACAUCACGCUCAUCAUGUUGCUGAACACCUAGCUCAGCACAAGGAUGAGCACGAUGCUAACGAAGAUUACCAUCAUCAAACUCAACACCAUCAGCAACAGCAUGAUCGGUAUGAGCAUCAGCAGGCUGCCGAUCAUCAACAUCACGAUCAGCACCAGGCCCACCACGAUGCCGAACAUCAUCAACACGAACAGCAUCAUCACAUCCAGAUGCACUACAAGCGUGAGUCCAAACAGUGA